AUGGAAGGUCAUAUCAUGGCUCUUUUCCUCAUUUCUGUUUUAUCAUUCAUCUCUUUCAUUUUGGUUUUCAAGCUUCUUGUACCCAAAAAAGGGAGAAAUGUAGCCCCAACUCCACCUUCUCUCCCAGUCAUUGGCCAUCUCCAUCUCAUUACAAACCCUCUUCACAGAUCCCUUCACCACCUUUCUUCCAAGUAUGGUCCAAUCAUGGCUCUCCGCUUUGGCUCUCGUCCAGUGCUCGUAGUAACCUCCCCAUCAGCUGUUGAAGAAUGUUUCACCAAAAACGAUAUCGUCUUAGCCAAUAGGCCACAUUCCAUGAGUGGCAAGUACAUCGGCUAUGACCACACCACAGUGGGCACUGCACCUUACGGACAUCUUUGGCGAGACCACCGUCGCACCACUACACUUGAAUUUUUCUCCACAGCUCAACUCAAGGCUUACAUGGGAGUCCGACAAGAUGAAGUGAGAUCAUUCGUUAAAUCUCUUGCUCAAGAUGCAUGGCGAGAUUUCACAAGAGUAGAGAUGAAAUCAAGGAUUAAGGGUUUAGUGUUUAACGUCAUCACGAGGAUGAUCGCCGACAAACGGUUCUACGGCCCGGAUGCGGAUGAUUUCGAGGAAGCGAGUAACUUUAAGGAUGUAAUAGGGGAGGUGUUUGAGAUCAGCGGAGCAUCAAAUCCUGGAGACUUCAUACCAUUUCUGAAAUGGAUUGAUUUUCAGGGUUUAGAGAAGAGGUUUCGGGUUUUACAAACGAAAACCGAUAGGUUUUCGCAAAGUCUGAUCGACGAACGCAGGAGGAAAGGUUCGAGUUCUUCGGGCCAAGGAAAGGGGAAGACAUUCAUCGAUGCUAUGCUUGCUUUGCAGGAAUCAGAUCCAGAAUCAUACACAGAUGAUAUAAUCAAAGGCCAUAUAAUGACUAUGCUAGCUGCGGGAACCGACACUUCAUCGGCGACAAUGGAGUGGGCGAUGUCACUUCUUCUAAAUCAUCCCGAUGUGCUAGAGAGAGCUCGAGCCGAGGUCGAUAAAUAUAUCGGACAAGACCGUUUGGUAGAGGACACCGAUUUUCCCAAACUGCAAUACAUCCAAUGCAUCGUCCACGAAACACUACGACUAUUCCCAUCAGUACCGCUCUUGCUGCCACACCAACUAUCUGAAGAUUGUACAAUUGGAGGGUUCGACGUCUCAUGUGGCACGAUGGUGUUGGUGAAUGCAUGGGCCAUCCAUCGGGAUCCACUGUUUUGGGACGACACGUUAAGUUUCAAGCCAGAGAGGUUUGAGAAAAUGGGAAACAYGGGRKMUYGGUUYAUACCGUUUGGGAUGGGYCGUCGGCAGUGUCCYGGGGCCGGGCUCGCGAACCGAGUUGUGACAUUGGCGCUGGCAUCGUUGAUCCAAUGCUUCGAAUGGGAAAGGGUUGGUGAAGAGCUGGUGGAUUUGGUGGAAGGCAAAGGUCUGUCCAUGCCCAAAGGCAAACCUUUAGAGGCGAUGUGCAGAGCUCGCCAAAGCAUGAAUCACGUUCUUAAGGAGCUAUGA